AUGGUGUCCGCCAGCGAUGCGGCUCUACAUCGGGCCGCCAAAAAGGGGGAUCAUCGCCUUGUCCGUGUGCUGCUCGAUACAGGAAAGACGUUUCCGGAUUGUGCUAAUGCGGAUGGAGUAACCCCACUGAUGCUUGCUUGUCGAGGAGCACACGCCGAAACGGCAAAGGCUCUACUGGCCGAGGGUGCCGAUGUGAAUGCACGAAAUGUGGCCGGCUCCUCCGCACUGCUGUGCGCUUUGGAAAGUGGUGACCAGGAAUCUGUGGAAUUGCUAUUACGUCAGGGGGCAAGUGUGAAUUUUAGGACCAAGGAUGGAGGCAGUGCGCUCCUCUGCGCCGCGGAGCGGGGGCUCGAUUGGGCGGUGCAGUUGUUGCUCAACUGCGGGGCGGACAGGAGCGCGACCUUAGCCGACGGGAGUGAUGGGGUAUUCCUGGCCGCUCAGAAUGGGCACGAUAGUACCGUAUGCCUGUUGCUCGAUGCGGGAUGCCGCAUCGAUGGGCAAAGACAAGACGGGGCGACGCCGAUGUGGAUCGCUUCGCAAUGCGGUGAAGCUCGGGUUGUGGAUAUGUUGGCGCGCAGGGGGGCCCGCGACACACCACGGAGGGACGGUGCCACCGGGCUCUUCAAAGCCUCCCAUAAAGGGCAUCGGAGGGUGGUUGAACUGCUCCUGGAGCAUGACCUGGGCGAUGUGGGCCUUUUGAGUAAUGGCGAGUCGGCCCUACACGCCGCCUCACUGUUUGGGCACCUCGAAAUUGUGCGAUUGCUUCUGAAGGAGGGCGCCGAUCCGGUUUUGUUGAACAAGCACGGCGAGACCCCCCUAGAACUGGCCAACCAGAUGAAGUAUGAAAAAAUUGCCGAGCUCCUUCGUCGGCAUCAAGACUAUUAUUCC